GGGCGCACGGCAGCCACCUGAGUGGCGAGGCAGCGUCAGGUUCUUAAUCAAGAACCAACUCUAUGGAUCCAAGACAGGUUUGCCCCACGGCCUGCUCUGAAGAGCGUGCUGUCCGAUAGAAGAUUCCAUUGGCAAACCAUCUCUGUUGCCUUACAGAGCAAGCAAAGAAGAUGGAUCGAUUGAAGAGCCAUCUGCCUGUGUGCAUUCUACCUUCUGUGCCCUUUUUAAUCCUAGUAUCCACUCUAGCGACUGCAAAGAGUGUGACUAACAGCACUUUAAAUGGCACUGACUUGGUCUUCGGCUUCAUGCCCGUAAUCAUUGCCAGAACUGACCAUAUCAUAGUCAAGGAAGGGAACAGUGCCUUGAUUAAUUGUAGUGUUAAUGGCAUCCCCAAUCCACAGUUCAAGUGGUAUAAUUCCAUCGGCAAGCUGCUGAAAGAAGAGGAAGAUGAGGAGAGAGGGGAAGGAAAGUGGCAGAUGCACGAGGGCGGCCUCCUGAACAUCACCAGGGUGUCUUUUUCAGACCGAGGGAAAUACACAUGUGUGGCUUCCAAUGCCUAUGGCAUCGUGAACAACACGGUGACCCUGCGAGUCAUCUUCACCUCUGGAGACAUGGGUGUCUACUACAUGGUCGUGUGCCUCGUGGCCUUCACCGUGGUCAUCGUCCUCAACAUCACCCGCCUGUGCAUGAUGAGCAGCCACCUGAAGAAGACCGAGAAGGCCAUCAACGAGUUCUUUAGGACAGAAGGCGCAGAGAAGCUGCAGAAGGCAUUCGAGAUCGCCAAGCGGAUCCCCAUCAUCACCUCGGCCAAAACCCUAGAGCUUGCCAAAGUCACCCAGUUCAAAACCAUGGAGUUUGCCCGCUACAUUGAAGAGCUGGCCAGGAGCGUGCCUCUGCCGCCCCUCAUCAUGAACUGCAGGACCAUCAUGGAAGAGAUCAUGGAAGUGGUGAGGCUGGAGGAACAGGGGCAGAAUUUUGUGCAGCACACCCCAGAGGGCCAGGAGGCCGCGGACCAGGACGAGGUGUACACGAUCCGAAACUCUCUGAAGCGAAGCGACUCCCCCACCGCCGACUCCGACGCCUCGUCCCUGCACGAACAGCCUCAGCAGAUUGCCAUCAAGGUGUCCGUGCACCCACAGGCCAAAAAAGAUCAUGUGGGCGACCAAGAGGGGGUACAGUUUGAAGAAGGCAAAGACGAAGAGGAGACAGAACCGUCAGCGGAGCGUUCCCCAGAAACUGUAGAGCCCUCUACAGAUGUGACGUCCACCGAGCUGACGUCUGAAGAGCCCACGCCUGUCGAGGUAUCAGAUCGAGUCCUGCCACCAGCCCACCUGGAAACCGCAGAGCCGGCAGGGGCACACGACAGAAACACCUGCAUUAUUUAUGAAAGCCAUGUCUAAUUUCAACUCUGAAAAGCUAUGCAUAUCCAGAAAAUCAGGGGCUGCCCCUGGUAGUCCAGAUGUAGUACGCACUUGCCACUAAGCCUUACCAGGAGACUCUCACCCCUUAGGUAGGAGUGAUGUCCUUGUAAAGGGGAAGGACCUGCGCGCAGUUCACGUGACUGCAUCUUCCCCGGUAGGAAAGGAUGUGGGAAACAUCAGGGUGCAGGAUUGAUGAUAUAGUCCACGUGAUACGAGUUUUAGAGACGAUUCUCUGCCAAAUACCUUAAUUGGUGAUGCCCUUUCGGCAAAGAGUACACUCCUGUAAGAUAAAUUCUGAGUUCAAGAGCCCUGUCCAACGCACAUGGCAUUGCUUUUCUUUUGAAAAAUUAGAGGUCUGCUGCAAUAGCAAAUGCACGUAUAUGGGUUUGUUGCACUUUCUUCUGUCUUUACUCCUUUCACUGCUCCCUUGCAAGGGAGUAGGUGUUAUAUUAAUACUAAUUGCUCUUUCUGGUCUAGUCUUC